UUCCCGCGACGUCGAGUCCGUCGUCGUCGUCGUCGUUGUUGUGUGUAUAUAAUAUCAACGCACAUCGUAAACAGCGCGGCGCGACGACACUACUAGUGGAAUGUUGUUGCUUUCGCGUGUGUGUGUGUUACCAGAAACGCAGGUAUGUGCAAAGUUUAGCAUACAAACACACAACGAUGGCAACAAAUUGACUCCGAGAGACGCGAGAAUUGUGAAACGCGCGCGCGACGAGUACAGCGUGACUCGUUGAAAAAUUUAAGUAUGUGUGCCACGUGAGAAAGAGGUGGUCGUCGUCGUUGCACUGACACUGCAUUGCAUUGCGAUUCUUUCGAGCAGCACAGCUGGGAAAGAAAUGUAAAGAAGAGGAAGAAGCAGGCGGUAAAGCUCUCGGUUAUGCAACUCUAGUUAGUGUCGCAGCUUUUGCUCGAGGAGAAGAAUAACAACAUUACACACGUGACGUCAGCAGCAGCAGCAGCAGCAGCAGCAGUUAUGAAUUUGCAAAAUGACGAGCAGCAACAAAAUCUCCAGGACAAGAUACUGUCGCAGUUCUACUACGUCUGCAGCAAUCGCCGACCGAAUCUCGAGCAGUGGAUCGAUCAGUCCCAGCUCCGAGUCAACGCCUCGAUCAGUCGGGACUCGCCCACCUAUCCGGGCUACGCACCCCUGCAUCUCGCCGUCUCGUGCAAGAAUCUGCAGGCGGUGGAGGCGCUGCUGCGACGCAACGCCGAUCUCGGCCUCGAGAACGCCCGCGGCCAGACGCCCGUGCAUCUCUGCCUGAGGACCAUACAGACGGCGAGUCGACGCGGCCGCAAGUGCACCAGCAGCGAGAAGACGCGCAAGCUCGAGUCGAUCCUGGAGAAGAUGCUGGCAGAGGCUUGGCGAGGGAGUUAUGUGAACGCCAGAGAGGCCAGCACGGGCCUGACGCACUUUCACGCCGCCUGCUACAAGGCCAAGGAGGCCAUCGUGGCGGGCUACCUGGAGAGCGGCGGCGGCAACGUCGCGGACGUCGUCAAUCGGCCGAUGCGCUUCGACUCGCCCUACUGGCCGGGCUGGACGCCGCUGCACGUGGCGGCGCGCUACUGUCUGCUCAAUGUAGCUGGAUUGCUGCUGCGCCACGGCGCCGACGUCGGGGCCAAGAACGCCCGGGGCCAGACCCCCCUGCACUGCGCCAUCAGGCAGGGCAAUCGACGACUCAUCGAGAUGCUCUUCGUCGCGCUCAAUCAGAACUGCCAGAGCGUCAAUCCGGCGGACAACGUGGGCCUGUCGCUGCUGCACGUCGACUGCAUGAUCGGCGACGAGCCCGACUCGCUCGACAGAUUCCUCCAGCAGCCCGCCAACAAUCAGCAGCAGGCGGUCGUCGAUCUCAAUCUCCAAGUGGAGCGCGACCUGUGGGCCGGCUGGACGCCGCUGCACGUCGCCGCGCAUCUGCGCAACAUCUACUUCAUGCGGCUGCUGAUACAGAACGGCGCGGACGCGAACGCGCGCGACGCCAACGAUCUCAGCCCCCUGCAGCUCGCCGUGCAGAAGCGCAUCGUCAACAUGCUGUUCUUCGAUCUGCUGCUGAGCCAGUACAACAAGCAGGCCCGGCGACGCGUCCUCGUCGACGGCUACCGCGACGACGCCUACAGACUGUACGCCGCAUGCAUGUGCUCCCACAAGGACGCCAUCCGCGAGCUGCUGGACAAGAACGAAGGUCGCUGCUUGAACGCCGCCGUGCCCGAGGAGUAUCCGUUCGAUCUGCCGGGCUACACGCCGCUGCACUUCGCCGUGGAGCGCGGCGUACUGGAGACGAUUCAGCUGCUGCUGGAGUACGGCGCCGACAGCUGUCUGCAGGACGCCACCUGGUCGAUGUCGCCGCUGCAUCUGGCGGCGCGCAGGAAGAAUUUCGAGGCGGCUCGACUCAUAGCCAUGUUCACGGAUCCGCGCCGGAAUCCCAGGGACUCGCGGGGCCUGACGCAUCUGCACGUCGUCUGCAUGCUCGACGAGACCGAGAUCGCCGAGAGACUGCUCGACAAUGCCGAUAAUCAGAUCGACGCCAAGACCAAGAGCGGUGACACGCCCCUGCACGUUGCAGUCAAGUCCGGCUCCAAGAGGAUAGUGCGGCUGCUGCUCAAGCGCAGGGCUGAUUUCACGAUACAGAACUCCCAGGGACAGACGGCCCUGCACCUGGCCGUGGCGGCCAACGACGAGGAGACCUGCCAGCUCGUUCUGUCGUCGUACAACGACGACGAUUACUACUCUGCGUUGACCGAUCCGAAUCCGAGCGACGCCCGGGGCUUGUCGCACUUUCACGUGGCCUGCAUGAAGAACAAGCACGACCUCGUGGCUCGCUUCCUCGAGCACGACAAAGUCAAUGUAGCCUCGUCCAUGCAGGUGAAACUGGACGCGGACGAGUACGCCGGUUUCACCCCGCUGCACUUCGCCGUCAAGUAUCAGAGCCUCGAGACCAUAGCGAUUCUGCUGAGGCAUUCGGCCGCCGCCGACACGAUGAGCUUCAAGGACGCCUGCGACAAGACGCCGCUGCACUACGCCUGCGACAGCAGCACGCAGUACACGUCCAAGAAGAUUUUAGAUUUGUUCUGGUCGAGCAUCGACGACGAUCUCGACGUGGAUCGGCUCGGAUUGACGGCCGUUCACGUGGCCUGCAUGAGGGACGACUCGGCGAUGGUGCAGCAAUUGUUAACGUUGCAACCGGCGGCGGUCAACGAGGCGACGAGCUCGGCCUAUCCGCGCUGGCCGGGCUACUCGCCGCUGCACUUCGCCGCCAAGCACGGCAGUAUCGGCACGAUCCAGAAGCUGCUGGACGCCGGGGCCGAGGUAGACGCCAGCGACAAGUACGGUUUUAGGCCGCUGCACCUGGCCUGCUCGCGCUCCAAGGCCAAGGUGGUGCGCAAGCUGCUGGAGGCCGGAGCCGAUCCCACCGCCAAGAGCCACAAGCACGUCACGCCGCUGCGGCUCGCCGUGCAGGUGAACAGCGACGAGAUCGUGCGGAUGAUCCUGUCGCAUCCGAGAUCGAGAAGCGUCAAUCCCAUGGACAACAAGGGCCUGACGUACUUUCACGUCGCCUGUCUCAGAAACAUGUGCGACGUCGUCGAGGAGUACCUGACCAACCGCAACGACAACAACAAGCUCGCCGCUCCGUUGGACGUCAAUCAGACGGCUCAUCCGCUCGCCCUCAAGUACCCGGGCUACACGGCUCUGCACAUGGCCGUGGAGAGGUGCAGCGGCAGCGGCGGCCGCCUGGUCGGCCUGCUGCUACGUCACGGGGCCAACGUCGACAUCGACGACGGCCAGGGUCGCACGCCGCUGCACCUGCUGUUCGAGCCGCGACUCAGGCGCAACGCGGCGGCCGCCUUCGAGCUGCUGGUGCGCGGCGCCGCGCCCGACGCGCGCUCGGCCCUCGGCGACACCUGUCUCGAGUUCGCCAUCAAGCACAAUCAGUGGACCAUUUUUCAGCUGGCUCUCGGCCACGGGGCCAAUCCGAAUCUAGUCAAUCCCGUGCUGGAGCAGCGCCGACCGCUGCAGCUGGCCAUAGAGUCCUGCAGAGUUGCCAUGAUCGAGGCUCUGCUGAACAGCGGAGCCGAGGCCACGAUCAAACUCGCCGACGGCAGUAAUCUCGUACACUGGACGGUUAGCAACGUACCCGUGUCUGUGCACAGUGCCACCACGGGUAACACGUUGAUUUUGUCGAAGAUCUUCAUACUGCUGCUGGAGCACGGUUGCGAUCUGAACGCGAUAGACGCCGCCGGCCGAAGUCCUCUGCAUCGCACUUACUGGCCAACCAAUUACUCGGCUUUAGAGGCGCUGCUGAAGUGCGGCGCGGACAUCAACACCGAGGACCGGUCGGGCCGGACCGUAGUGUCGUUUCUGUUCGAGAUAGCGUCGAGUCGAAUAGAUCGACCCUAUCUGUACAAGAUACUGCUGAGGCAUCUGGAGCUGCGAAGAUUGGCCGGGCCUCGACUCAGCCCGACCAACGAGGCUCUGUACGACACGCUGCUCGAGGCCAGCGAGGUCUUUCAGGAGUCGGGCGAGGAGGCCUAUUACGAGGUCGACGACGACUACGCGAGAGAGCUGAACUCGAUGCGAGACGUGUAUUUUGGAGGGUACGUAACGCUGUGGAAAUUGUACAAGGACAACAACGCGAUGGCGCGUCACCUGGCCAGGAGCGGCGGCUUCAAGGCCUACGUGAGAUCCGGCCAGGUGCAGCAGAAUUUCCCGCUGUCCAGCUGCCUGAUCAUGAUGCGCUACGCCAGAGCACUGGCUAGAGAAAAAUUACUGGGACCAGCUGUCGAGGCACUAGCUCAACUGUUGAAGGAGAACGUCGAGUGGAUCAACUGGAACGACGAGAUGUCGGACGCGCUGAUAGAUUACCUGGACGACCAAGAUUUGAAAAAUCUCACCGAGGCAUAUGGAUGCUGUGAACAUUUUUAGACGAACAGUUUGUUGUUUUUUGAUAUAAGUGCUUUCUUGUGAUUUUUAAAUGGAAAAAUCCACCCCGGAUAUAUAUUGCCCACCUUUGAAUGGAUGGAAUUUUUUUAAAAACAAAAAACAAAUGAAAUCUGGAAGAAUUAUACAUAUAUAUCAUUAAGUUUUAUAAGUUUUAAAAGAAAAAUUAUGUACAAACAUAAUUAAGAUAUUAUGUGAUAAUUGUUAAGAAAAACAAAAUUCAUUGCAACGGUCCAAAGAUAUUCUAGUCAAAUAUAUACAUUGUUUUAGGCAUGUGCCCUUUACAUUAUACAAUCGUUAUGAUUGUGUAAUAGAUAAAUAUAUACAAUGUAAAAGCAUACCAAAAAAAACUGUAAUAAUAUAAUUAUAUACAAUAUGAUACAUUAUAAUGCCUGUGUAUGCCCAUGUGGACACGAUUCAAUGAAUUCCAAAUGACAUAAAUGUUCUGUCAUUUUGAUGUGAUGUAAAAGAAAAAAAGAAUCUUUACGAAUACACUCACCAAACAACUCGA